CAUGGGAGUCAUCCCUCUACAAUAAAUGGUUUUAAAGAGGAGGAUUUCCGGGCUUGCAAAUGGGGAACUUUUUCCAGAAUUUGGAAUUGUGCAAGAUGCUGAUCGUCUUGAUGCAAUUGGUGCAAUUGGUAUUGCUCGUUGCUUUACUUUUGGUGGAAGUAGGAGCAGGGUGCUACACGAUCCUACGAUUCAGCCUCGAUCAGAUUUAUCCAAGGAACAGUACAUGAAGAAAGAUGAGCAGACUACUGUGAAUCAUUUUCAUGAGAAGCUUCUGAAGCUGAAGGAUUUGAUGAAAACCAAGGUAAAAGCAAACUUGCCUGCCCAGGUUUUCUUAUCAUUUGUGUGCUUAAUAUGAACUUACAA